AUGUACAACGUUAACACAUCGAUAGAAUACGCCGCUGCCUUCUUUUUGUUGGCAGACAAACUGAAGGAUGCCGUCAAUGUCAUCCUUAAAAACGUCAAAGACUUUCAUCUCGCCAUCGCCAUCUGUCGUGUGUAUGAAGGAGAUCAUAGUCCUCUGUUACGAGACAUCCUAGAGAAUUCCGUGAUCCCCAUGGCGAUAGAAAACAACGAUCGCUGGCUGGUCAGUAUGGCUUACUGGUUGCUAAACAGACACAAGGAUGCAGUGCGUGCCAUGGUAGUGCCAUUGACCCAGUUCACUGACAAGGACAUGGAUACAACAGGCGCAGAUUCGGCAGCAGUAGUGCAUGAUCCUAAUGCCUUUAUUCUGUACCACCAUCUGAAAAAGAAUCUGACUCAUAACCAAGCAACUCCCUACAAAUUGAAGGCAAUGAGAGUAUCAUUUGGUUCAGUUCUUACCCGUGAUGGCAACGCAGGACUACAAAUAAGAUUACAUUUAGUAGAUGCUGCUUGA